UUCAUUAAUGAGCCUACACCGAAAUACGUAGCGCCUCAGAACGCAGCAACGCCUAGACUAUGUUUAACAACGGCGCAACAGAACAUCCAAGCGCAGCUCCGAAACGCAAAUGUCAACAGGCGGUUUGAGGAUUACCAUUCUUUGAAACGGACUAAGACAGGAUAAACAGUGCUAAGGAGAAAUCAAACGUCGCGCACCGUGAACUCCUGUAAACAAGGGACUCCAUCUCUCCGUCAGACAAAUACUGUGCACAAAGUGAAAAAGACAUUGCCAACCAGUGUAUAUAUAUAUAUUUUUUCCUCUUUUUUCCUGUAUAGUAAUCAUAAUUACUCUUCGGUACAUUUGGGGAAAUAUACAUGAUCUCAGUUCUCCGAAAACACCUCUCACAUUGUCCGUAAAAAUCCAGAAAAAGUUGUAUUUUUCUCACAAAUCCACGGACGCUUUAGACAUGGAGGUUGCGGCCGACCAGUCUCGGUGGAUGGCGCAUCACCAUGCAGUCCUCAACGGCCAGCACCCGGAGUCUCAUCACCACGGCCUCACACAUAACUAUAUGGAACCUAUGGCACCUCUUUUGCCACCGGACGAAGUGGAUGUGUUUUUGAAUCACUUGGACUCGCAGGGCAACCCUUACUACCCCAACUCCCGCGCGCGAGUGUCCUACAGCCAAGCGCACGCUCGCCUCACGGGAAGUCAGGUCUGUCGGCCACACCUCAUCCACAGUCCCGGCAUACCGUGGCUGGACAGCGGUAAGGCGGCGCUCUCUGCCGCGCACCACAACGCGUGGGCCGUCAGCCACUUCAGCAAGCCCGGCCUGCACCCCGCCAGCACCGGCUAUCCGACCAACAGCGGCUCCAGCGCCGCUCCUGUGUCUUCGCUCGCUUCAGCGGCCCACUCGAGCCCGCAUCCCCUUUACAAUUUCCCCCCAACGCCUCCGAAAGACGUGUCCCCGGACCCCGGUCCUUCCUCCCCAACGUCCUCUAGCACAAGGAUGGACGAGAAGGAGUCCAUUAAAUAUCAAGUGUCAAUCGCGGAUGGGAUGAAAAUGGAGGGGUGCAGUCCACUGCGGAGCAGCCUCGCGAUGAGCGCGCAGACGCCGUCCACGCAUCACCCCAUCCCGACCUACCCGACGUAUUCCCUCCCCACUCCGCACGACUACGGCACGAGUCUCUUUCACCCGGGCAGUCUGCUCGGUGGAUCCUCGUCCAGUUUCACACCCAAAUGCAAAAGCAAGACCCGGUCAUCCUCAGAAUUCUACACAGAGGGGCGCGAGUGUGUGAACUGCGGUGCAACCUCCACCCCUCUCUGGAGGAGAGAUGGAACAGGCCACUACCUCUGCAAUGCCUGCGGCCUGUACCAUAAGAUGAAUGGUCAGAACCGGCCCCUUAUCAAGCCCAAACGCAGACUGUCCGCUGCGCGACGAGCCGGCACCUGCUGCGCGAACUGUCAGACGACCACGACCACCCUUUGGAGGCGCAAUGGCAACGGCGACCCAGUGUGCAACGCCUGCGGCCUCUACUACAAACUCCACAACGUCAACAGACCGCUGACCAUGAAGAAAGAGGGGAUCCAAACACGCAACCGCAAGAUGUCCAGCAAGUCCAAGCGGAGCAAGCGUGCCGGCGAAGCCUUUGACGACCUGUCCAAGUGCAUGCAGGACAAGACGUCAUCGGCGUUCGCCGGCGCAGGUGCCAUGGCGGGUCACAUGACCCACAUGGGUCACCUGGGGCCCUUCAGCCACUCAGGCCACAUGCUGCCCACACCGACCCCCAUCCAUCCCACCUUCAGCCACCCCCACCACACGGGUCGCUCGCCCGUCUGGCCCGAGCCUCAUUAAGCUGCCCGGCUUGGCACGAGCCUCAUCCCUGGAUGCAACUGCCCCCUCCACACCCGUCGCUCCUGCCCAUCACGGGGGGGGUUGGGGAAGGGAGAGGACCGAAGGCCAGGGGGUCAGCUUCCAGGCCGUUCCUGGUUGGACGCUACAUAUGGCGGGGGUAUAUGUUCACACAAACAACCAGAAAGAGUCACAGUUUGUGUGUGUAUGUGUGUUUUUUUUAAGUGGCCGGGGGGUAUAGAGGACAUUUAGUUUGCUGAAAACACCACUCCACCACCCAGGAUUUAUGGACAUGGAUGUAUUGGAAGUGUGGUGCAGUGGGUGGAGCAGUACACGCAAUGCUUCUGCCCUUUCUUUAUUUUGUACUGAGUCACUUUGGUACUGCCCGGUAAGAGAGGAUGUGUGUUAUAGCCGAGUCACUGUGUGCAUGUGUGAGCGUACGUGUGUGUGUGUGUGUGUGUGUGUGUGUGUGCGCGUGCGCGUGUGUGUGUGUGUGCACGCAUGCCAUCAGCCACUGCCACUGGUUAACCCAACAGAUGCAGAUCAAAGCUUGCAAAGGCCUGGCUGUUGAACUCUGAAACAGAGAGAGAGCUGGAGAAAGAGAGAGAGAGAAAGAGAGAGAGAGAGAGAGAAAGAGAGAGAGAGAGAGAGAGAAAGAGAGAGAGAGUGCUUAUUCUACCCGUAACAUGCUGGGAUGUACACACUGCACAGACACUGCAUCUGAACAGACUCUAUGGACACGACUAGCAAGCAAACAGAUGUUUAUAAAGCUUGAUUGUUAUUGUUAUAAUUGUUAUUAUGAUAAUUUAUUUUCACACUUUAUUUCUUUUCUCUUUUUUUGCUCUCCUUAAAACCAUAUUGGUAUAUUGUAAUAAUUAUAAAUAUUAUUUGAUUGUUAUUAUUAUCAAAUGAAAGAAAUGAUUAAAAAAACAACAAAAAAACACUGACUUAUCUUAGCCAAGGCGAUAUUGCUGAACUGUACGUUUUUAUCAUUUUCCAUUACACAAAUAAAGAAAUAAAGUUUUAAUACUUAA